CUAACACACACAGACCCAGUCUGUAACAGGUGUAAUCACUCCUUCAGAAUGGCUUUGGUGGUGCUGAUAUCGCUUAUCCUCCCCUCUCUGGGGUUUGCAGGUGCUGACGAGGAGUGUGUGUACACUACUGUCGGGAAGACCAAGGUGAUUGACCAUGAUUAUCCGGGCCUGGAGUUGUUUGAACAGUCAUUCCACUUACGGUGGACCCAUGACUCUAAGAUAGUUUACGACAACAAGAAGAAUACUGCAAAGAAAUACCAGACCACAAAGAAUGGUUCUCUGUUACUGGAGAACCUACAGCUGGAUAACGCUGGGACGUAUCAGGCUACCAUCUACGACAACCUGGGAAAUCACAUGAAGUCUACUGUAACUCGCCUGUGUCUGCUCGUGCCUGUAUCUAAACCCCGUCUGACACACACCUGUGAUGGAACAUCUGUCACUCUGAGGUGUGACGUGGGGAACCCUGGGGUUGUGAACAUGGUGUGGCAACAUAACGGAAACACGCUGCCAGGACAGACAGGCGCUACUCUGACCAUAACCAAGGCAACGCUCAAACCUGAAGACAGUUAUGCGUGUACAGCGAGUAUUAAAACCAGUGAGGAGAAGAGUGAUGAUGUUCACCCUGAAUGUACAGUGGCUGUGUCUAAACCACGUCUGACACACACCUGUACUGACUCAUCUGUCACUCUGAGGUGUGAUGUGGGAAACCCUGUGAAUGUGAACGUGACAUGGAGCCGUAACAGAAACACACUGCCAGGACAGACAGGCGCUGCUCUGACCAUAACCAAGGCAACACUCAAACCUGAAGACAGUUAUGCGUGUACAGCGAGUAUUAAAGACAGCGAGGAGAAGAGUGAUGAUGUUCACCCUGAAUGUACAGAUGAUGAUUCCUCUCCAGUGCUCUUGUUUGGGAUGGAGCUAUGGCUGAUGGUGUUGAUUCUGGCUGGCGGAGGUGGUCUGCUCCUCAUCCUCAUCACCUUGGGGUGUGUCUGCAGGAGCCGCAGGCAGCACAAGAGACGCCUAGAAGAGGAGGAGGAGAUGAGACUGGCCCCCCUCACCCAUCCCACACGUCCACCACCAACAAAGGGCCCAAAGCUGACCCCGGCCCCAUAACAGAGCAGCGUCUCAGGCCACACCAAACUCCGGACCUCAAGUUUGACCCAGGUCUCCACAGCAAGCACCAGAUGAUGCUCAGACUCAGCCCAUACCAAUGCCCAGGUGGACAGGACCACGAAACCACAGGAAUUUGCGAUGUGUGUGUGUGUGUGUGUGUGUGUGUGUGUGUGUGUGUGUGUGUGUGUGUGUGUGUGUGUGUGUGUGUGUGUGUGUGUGUGUGUGUGUGUGUGUGUGUGUGUGUGUGUGUGUGUGUGUGUGUGUGUGUGUGUGUGUGUGUGUGUGUGUGUGUGUGUGUGUGUGUGUGUGUGUGUGUGUGUGUGUGUGUGUGUGUGUGUUUGUGUGCAAACAUUCACAAAUUCUUCUUAACCACAGCAACCCCUGGAGUCACAAAGUGGAAUCUGUCAGAUUUAUAUUCUUUCCUCAAAGUAACACAAACCUGACUUUAUUAGUACUGCAUCAGAAGUCACUAUCAUGACAUUUGGCAUCUAUAGCAUCAUAAUCAGGGAGCUAUAUUUUCUGAAAUUUUUCUGAUGAGAUGAAGAAGAAUAAAUAUCUUUGAUAUGUUGAAACAUAUAGUGCUUGUUCAUCGGAUGUGUUCCUAUGGGUAAUGUAAUUAGUACAUAUCUUGUGAGUUAUAGUCUGUGUAUUGUGUAGCUAUGUGGUUUGUACUGUAUGAUUGUUCCUGGGGUCCUCCUGUUCUAACUGAAUGUUCAGUAAACUGGCCGCUGUGGCUCAGCCUGUC